GCCGGGAGCAGGUGGGGACAACGGAAGUAGGGCGCUUAGUUUUGCUGCCGGGAGUUGGUCGAGAGUUGGGUUUAGUCCUGGGCCGUUGUGGGGACGGCACGCCGGGGAGGGGGAGGGGACGGAGACCGAAGAACGGAGGUCCUUAUGUUUCUUUGCUUUCCUUAAAUCUCUUGCCCGGCCUGAAGAGGCCGGAAGUUGCAUCUCUGGACAAGUAAACUCUGAGACCUGGGAAUGGCGGGCGGGACCCGCUCCUCCCUUGGGGUCUAGAGGAGACCCCCGGAGAUGGUCCCUGGUGAGCAGCGUGAUGGUAGAAAGCUGGACUGGUCUCCCGAAAGGCGAAGCCGAGGCUUCUUCCUCUGAACUUUUGGCACGUUCUUUGAGUUGCCUGUAGGCUUAGUGUCAGUCCUGUAUUGCACAUUUAUGUCUGUGACGCAUUUCUCCUUCUGGUGCGUUAAAGGCAGGGACAGUGUCUUAUUUGUCUUGGUUUAACAAACUUGGACGGGACGAAGUGCUCAGCAAAGAUUUGUUAAAUGAAUGGCUGUUUAUUGAACUCCUGUUGGGUAAACUUGGACUGUUCUAGACCUUGGCAGACAGCAGUGAGCGAAGCAGGAAUUUCUUCACAUGGCUCCUGAAGAAGUGACCAUCACAGUUCGUCUCAUCCGUUCCUUUGAACAUCGCAAUUUCAAACCUGUAGUGUAUCACGGAGUGAAUUUGGACCAAACUGUAAAGGAAUUUAUCAUAUUUCUAAAGCAAGAUGUCCCUUUAAGGACCAGCCUGCCACCACCAUUCAGAAAUUAUAAAUAUGAUACACUAAAGAUUAUUCAUCAAGCACAUAAAUCAAAGACAAAUGAACUUGUGUUGAGUUUGGAAGAUGACGACAGACUCCUGCUGAAAGAAGACAGCACUCUGAAAGCAGCUGGAAUCGCCAGUGAAACUGAAAUUGCAUUCUUCUGUGAAGAAGAUUAUAAGAACUACAAAGCUAAUCCCAUUUCAUCCUGGUGAAAACAUCUCGAGGGCUUCCUUUUUGCAUACCUGUAUUAAGCUCUUUAUUCCACUGCUGAGUUUUUGAAAUUGACAAAUCUUAAAAAAUUAAUCCCAGGCUAUACUCUUUGAACUGAAAUCUGGUUAUUUCUUUCUCUUCAGGUCUUUCUUUCCGUCUCUCUUUCUUUUUCUUUGUUGUUGUAAAAUAAUAUAUUAUGAGAAAAACAUUUGAUCUUUUUAAAGGGAAAUAAAUUGUUAUUAAAAAUUAUUGUGGAAUAUUGA